AUGACCGUCUCGGGACAGAUCCAGGCCAUGGGACACAGGAUGCUCAAGCCGUACAGGAAGAUGAACAAGACCAGCAAGGUCACCUUUUGGAUUGUUCUGAUUCUGCAUUUCGUGGGACUCGCGGUGGUGCUCAUCAUCACACCCAAGCGGAUAGCCCAGUUCUUCAACGACAUGGCGCUGGGGUUGAGAGAGAUGGGGUGGAAGGGCGUCGUCGUCGUGUUUGCUUGUGCUAUCGUCUCGUCUCACCCGCCCAUGUUCGGCUUCUCGGCCACGCUCUCCAUGGUCGGCUUUGCGUGGGGUGUAUGGAAGGGGUUCCUCCUGGGAAGCGUGGCCGCCCUCACAGGCAGCGCCAUUGCAUUCUACUCUGUCCGGAUGUUCUUCCUCGAGUGGAUGAAGAAGUUUGGUCACAGCAAGAGCAAGCAGUGGGAGGCGUUUGGGCACGUCGUGCACGACAAGGGAUGGCCCCUCGUCGCCAUGAUCCGAUGGUGCCCGCUCCCCUGGGCUAUUGGUAAUGGCCUUUUCGCCUCGAUUGACAGCAUCGAGUUCUGGCACUACAUGCUCGCCAACACACUCUAUCUUCCGCGCCUGUUCAUCCCAAUCUUCAUUGGCGCGCGCCUCGGCGCCAUGGCUGACAACCCCGAGGGCGACAAGGCCGACCCGCUCAAGUUCUGGCUCAACCUCAUCUCCAUUGCGGCGUCGCUCGUGUUCUCGGUCGUCACCGGUGUGCUCAUUUACCGCCUCACGCUGCGGCAGAUGCGCCGUAUGGGCAACGUCGAGGAAGGCGAGCUUGCGGCCGCUGCGCUCGAGGAGACUGCACUCCUUGGCGACUACAGCGGCGAGAGCGGCGAUGAGGACGAGGUCGAGGAGCUCGUCCCGCCCAGCCACCGCAACGACAGCGCAGUGUAA